CGUUCUUCAAGGUCCAAGACUAAAGAACUGCACUGCCAUGCAGCAGCAGCAGCAACAGAAGAACAGAAAGAAGCUUCACCUAAGAGUGAUAUUAGCUUUCCUGAGAGCCAGCAGGAGCCUAAAUCAACCGAAGAAGAAUUAUGGACACAGGAAGCGAGUCCCAUGGCUGACAGGCUGCUGUCCACAGAGGAGCAGGUGACUCUGAUCACCGAGAGUUUGACAGUCACCUCCACUGACCAGGAGAAAUUGCUGCUGCUCAACAAGAACACUGAGCUCCGCAGAGUCAACAAGGAGCUGAUGAAGCUGAACGAGGACUGGGACCAGGUGUACCGCAGUGCCACGCUGCGUCUACAGCACAGGCUGGAGGCUUUGGAGCUGGAGAACAACGCAAUCAAAGAGCUAAACAACAGACUGCUCCUGAAAGUUGAACAUCAGCAAAGUGGAAAGGAGUACUAUGAGCAAGCACUGAUGCAAGAGCUGAAGAAGAACCAGGAGCUGCAAGAAUAUAUCAGACUGCUGGAGAGCAGGCUGCAUAACCCAGAGAGAGACUACACACCUGCCAAACAGGACAGCUUUAAUGCUGUGAUAAGAGGUCCAGCUUUGGCCCCCAGCAGUCAUCCUGACCUGUCAUGCAGCUCUGGACAAAAGUCUUCAUCCUCAUUUUUCCCAGCUUCUUCCAGCCCGGAGGCUGAGUAUCAGGGAAAAUGCCAGAGCAGCAGUUCCCCGCUGGGAGCACGGGAAGAAGUGCAAGAUUUAAAAGAGCAGCUAGAAGCACUAAGAUGUCAGCAGACCGAGAUUUAUGAGGCAGAAUAUCAGACGGAGCACAACGACCACAAGCACACGCUGCAGGAGAACCGAAGGCUGAGGAGGAAGAGGGAGGAGAUGCGCCAACAGGUGGCACUAUUACAAGAACAGCUUAAGAUUUAUGAGGAUGACUUCAGACGGGAGCGGUCGGACAAACAGAUCCUGCAGCGACUGCUGUUACAGAAGACGUCUCAGCACAAAAACCCAGUGCUCAUCCACCGCUGUAAUAAUGAGCAGCAGCUGCUAGGGGGAGACAAGAGGACACAAAAUGGAGAAAAAAGAAAACACCACCCGCUCUGCCCAAAAAACCCUAACAGGGACAAAGACUCAGUCUGAGACUUGGAGGGAGAGUAAUCCACAUUUAAUGCCACACAGAAAAUGAGCAUCUGGUAAAAAAAAAAUGUCUUCUGGGAAAAAAAAACACCGUCAUUACAGAGAAAGUAAAAAUCGGACUCUUUGUGUCAUUUUUAGCACCUGCUCAAAAGUUUGGAGUCUCUUUAUAGUGUAAAAUAUAAUUUUAUGUAAUGCUCCCUUCACAGUAAAGGGGAAACUGAAACAGAAUAGAAAGGAGACCUCUGUGCAGAACUCAGUGAGAAGGCAACGAAACCAAAAACUUCAGUCUCAGCAAACAAAUGCCUCUCAGAUCCUCGACUGACAGCUUCAUAAAACAACCCGAGUGUGACUCAGAAAGUAUGACCUAGAGCACCUGCUGCUGUGUGAGCGCGAACAAAAAUAAUCAGACAAGUUUCAGAACAAAGUUCCUUUUUUUUAAUCCUGAGACAUUUUGAAACUAUAAUGAAGAUUUUAAUUAACACAACAGUCUUUAACUGUGCAAACUUGAUUAUUUACCCAUAGCCUAUAAUUUAAUUUAUAAUUUAUUAACUAAGUAAUACAGGAUUUUAUUAGCUGAAAAUGUGGCUCUGUGCACCCGUCUACAUAGUUUACAAAGAAUCAAACAUGAUUUAAGAUUUUUUUUUUUAAUUAUGUUUUUAUUAUUAAGAGUAUAAAAUGAGACUCCUAUUGUUUGUUAUAGUAGAUAAAAAAUAAAUGUAGUUUUCAUUUAAGAAUAACAUGUUUAGGUCAUGUUUUGAAUCUUUAAUAUCAUUAUAACACUUUUGUAUAACUCUUCUUAAUAAAUGUUGACAUAAUGGCUUACUUCAGCUACUGUUAAAAAGCAAUUAUAUCAAUUAAUAUUCAUUAAUUAACAUGAAUAAUAAUUAUAUUUGUCAUUAGUUUGUGUAAUUAAAAAUUGUUUGGAUAAAUUCAAUAUAAUGUAUAUGUCAUAGUGACACAGUUUUGUGUAUUAAUGUUUUAGCCUCAUAGUAGCAUCCUAAUAAUGCUAAUAGAUAUGUAACAAAUUCAUUAUUAAUUUAUAUUUACUAUCCAUAUAGUGUUUAUAGACAGCAUACAAAGCAAUUAUUAGUCAAUUAGUAAACAUGAAAUAGCAUGUCAUUGCUUGUUAAGUGUAAAAAUCUGUUUGUUUUAAUACAUUUUAUUUUGUUUCCCCUGACUUUGCAAAGCCACUGAAGUACUUUAGGGACAGACGAGCACACGAAUACAACAUUAGUCUAUUUUGAAUUUGGACACAAUGAGCUGGAUCAUAAAACGUAUUUGCAAUGUCAGAAAGUCCUACAAGGAAGUAGCAUUGAGUGCUUCCGGGUUUUUUUGCAAAGUUAAUGUUUGGUCACUGUGAAGAAAGCUUUAAAAGCUACAGCGCCUUUUUCCUGGUAACUGGUCUUCAUUGUCACUGAAACGGUUGACUCAUAUCACACAAUAGAGGUGGCCAGAUGGUGAUUGAGGGGUUUUCCUCUGAGUGAUUUUCCUCAGCAUACUUCCGGGUUUUGCACCACCCUGUGAAAGGUCACUUGACCUGUAUUUGUAUCAAAGAAAAUAAAAAGAGUGUAUAGUCUAUAUAUUACAAGUAAUUUAUGAAUUUGUUUUGUUUAUUUGGUCAUUGAUUUAUUGAUUUUAUGCACAGAUGCAUGUAAGAUGAAAAUUUCAUUAUGCAUCAGCACCAGAGUGACAAAAGUAAGUCAUGAGGUUACCAAGGAGUGGCAUCAUUGUGAAAGCUGCUGUUUCUUAGUUACACUGAAAACAAUCUGCACCCUCAAACAUUUCUCAGAAAAAGA